UCACGAUUCUACGACUCCUCAGCUUUCCAACUUGCACCCUGUUGCAAUACAAAACAUAAAACAAAACCCCCCUCAAGAAUCACGGACCGUCUUUCAUGACUUCUUUCCCCCCUACUCACAAACAAAUUCACCAAUCAUUCUGUCGGCAUGGCUGACCAGUGCAUCAUCUGUCUUGAGGAGUUGGAGGAGACGGUUCCUGCCGCUAGUAUUCACGAUGAUCUUCAACAUGCGAGAGAAGUGACGGAGCCGCUUUCAGACCUUACCCUCGCAACACCACAUCCCGAACCCCCCAGUGUUCAACAACAUAUCGCCGUUAUCAAGCCAUGCAAUCAUAUCUUACAUGAUGCAUGUUUGAGGGAAUGGUCUCAGAAGGCUAAUAGCUGCCCGAUUUGUCGCCAUGCCUUUAACUCUGUGUACGUACUGGACAAAGUCGGAGGCAACCAAAUUUCAGAAUACGAAGUCAAGGAUAAGAAGCAAGUCGCCGAGUUCGACCCCAGUGUGUGGGCUGCGGAGAACUCUGAGGAUAUUCUAGAGGAUACUUCAGAGGAAGAUAGUACUCCAUGUCCGCUGUGCGGACAGUCUGACCAAGAAGAUGUCUUACUCCUCUGCGACAUAUGCGAUGCUCCAUACCACACAUACUGCAUCGGCCUUGAUCGGGUCCCAAGCGGCAACUGGUACUGUAUGGAAUGCGCGGAUCACGCACCAGUCGCGGAACCGUGGCAGGCGCCCGCACGAGGAGGCUCAUUGUCUCAACGACCUUUCCCGAGAACCCAAGCCAGUGUUCGCCGUCAUCGUCGCCGCGUGAGAGCCGGUCAGUGGUUUGGAGCUUGGAGUAGUAUCAGCAACACUGUCCAUGCCGCUGUGGGUCUGGAUCUCGACUUCUCAGAUGACGACCAGUCCAUGGCCAGCUAUAGACAACAUCAGCGUCGUACCUCCAACGAAAGAAGAGAAUUUGAACGAUGGCAACGGCGCCUGGAUAUUGCAGGUCGUCAAGGCGCUCGAGAAGUAUUUCGAAAUGCAGCUCCUGUGCUUCGCGCUCGAACGCCCCAGGCAUCCCCUGAGGAGGCCAGAGCUUGGGGUGAUCUCGAAAGGGCGAAGGAGAUGGACACUACUAGCCCUAGGAGUAGAAAAAGAAAAUCGAAGUCAGCGAGCGCCUCGCCUGAGCCAUCUGAGCCCCCCAAGGAACCGGAACGGAAGUUGAAGCGACCACGGACCCGAAGAGUUCUAGAUAGUGCGAGCUCAUCGUCCGCAUUGCCGUCGCACUCAGGCCGAGAAGCCAGCAAUCAUGGAAGUCCCUCCCGCCCACUCAUCGACACAAAUAGCGAACCUUCAUUCUUGACAUCACUCCUGAGAGAAGUUGAAAACGCUACGUCGGACGACGGAUCCGCUUGGAGCUCGUCGACAGCUUUUCCAGCCCGAGUUACCAGCCCACCCAUUGAUUACUCCUCGCCUGCCGCAUCGCCCUCACCAUCCUCAUCGACAUAUCACACCCCACGGGCCAUGUCUAUCACCCCACCACCACACAUUUCGAAACAAUCUGGCUCUCCCCUUCCUCUUACCUCCCGGAUCGAGCCAAUAUUUCCUCCUGCGGACUAUUCCCCGAAUCGCUCUGCUCCUUCUGACACCACGCAAAGACACAAUCAUGAGUCGGCUUCUUCUACAACCGAAAUCAGACACCCAAGACCUAGAAGACAGGAACCCGUCAGACUCCCUCGUUCCAAUGGAACAUCACCUGCAAGAGCAGCUAUGUCGAUGGAAGCCAAAGAGAGCAUCAACAAGAUUGUCAAAUCGGCACUUGCACCACACUGGAAAUCCGCUGGGAUCACCAAAGAACAAUACGCCGAUAUCAAUCGCGACGUAUCGAGAAAGCUGUAUGAGAUCGUUGCAGAGAACUACUCUAAUGAUGAGAAGGACCGCUGUGCGUGGCAGGAGAUAGCUACUCAUGAAGUGGCGAGUGCUGUAAGAUCAUUAACGGCGUGAUGACAUACUGAAACGAUAACGCACUUACGACAUUGGGCGGGGAACUGGUCUGGAGAACAUAGGCGCAAUACUUUGAGAUACCCGGUACGGAUUGGCACAUUGGGCGGUCACAUGGUAUUUUGCAUUUAAAAGGUCCUUGUACUUGGGGUAUCAUCAGUCUUUAGACCGGGCGUCUAACGAUGGACCCCGUGGCG